AAGGCUCAGAAAGUGAGAGUGUGAAUGAAUUUAUCACAGUGCUGAAACCAGUCUUUGAGAGAGAAACCUGCUCACAGACAGGACAACAGCAGCAGACAGAAAGGGGCUUAGCUGGGUUGCAGUGUGCUUCUAACAGGCUUCUACAGUGAGGAAGGUGAAAUGGAUUUCAAGGGCAAAGGUCUGACCCUGAAUGAGGUCAACCCCUAUGUGAGGAGUAUAAAAGUCCUCGAUAAAGAAUUCAUAAGAAUGCGAGCAAGAGAGAUCAGAAAGGAGCUACUGCAGGGAGUGAAGAAGCCUUAUAAGAAGCUGAUAGAUGUGAGUUCAGGGGAUGCUCACAUGGCUGGGAUGAAGCCCAUCUCCUUCCUUCGGCAGGUAUUGGCUGUCUGUCUGUACCCCGAGCUUCUCCACAGUGACCGAUUCCCUUCUGACGUCGAGCAGAGAGCCCAGAGAUUAUUGAAGAACUGUGAAGGAGGAAGUCUUGGCUCGUACUCACCUCCCUGCGGCAUCGUCAGCAUUCGACGCAGUGUGUCAGAGUUCAUCUCACAGCGAGACGGGGGGGUGCCUUCUGACCCCGAUAAUAUCUUUAUCACUUCAGGUGGACAGGAUGCCAUAAGGUGCAUCCUGAAGAUUCUGGUGCAUGGAGAGGGACACGCUCAGACAGGAGUGCUGAUGCCAGUGCCUUCGUACAGCUACUUCAAAAUAGCAGUAUUGGAGGUUGGAGGGGCGAUUGUGCCAUACCACCUCUCAGAGGAGCAAGGCUGGGACAUGCAGGUGAAUGAGCUGCGCCGAGCCCUCCAAACAGCUAGAGGGCACUGCAGCCCCAGAGCACUGUAUAUCAUCAACCCAGGAAACCCCACAGGCCACGUACAGAGCAGGGAAUCCAUUGAAGAGGUGAUUCGAUUUGCCGCGGAAGAGAAGCUGUUCUUGCUGGUUGAUGAGGUGUACCAGCAGACAGUGUUUGGUGAGGGCAGUGCAUUUGUCUCUUAUAAGAAGGUGCUGUAUGAGAUGGGGCCCUCGUACUCCGACAUGGUAGAAUUGGCCUCUUUGCACUCUGUCUCCAAAGGCUUCACAGGAGAGUGUGGGCUGCGCUGUGGGUAUGUGGAGUUUGUGAACCUUGAUCCUGAGGUGAAGAAGUGUGCCAUCAGGCUUUUCGAAAUGUAUCUUUCUUCCUCCAUCACUGGCCAGAUCGCCCUGGAUAUUAUGACAAACCCUCCGGGUCACGAAGACCCCUCCUACCCCAUCUUCAAAGCAGAGUCCCAGGCCAUUCUGGAGACACUGGCCCACAAUGCCAGGAGAGUGCAGGAGACUCUGGACAGCUUGCCUGGAGUCAGCUAUCAGCCUGUACAGGGCUCUCUGUACAUCUUCCCCCGCCUGCACCUCCCCCCACGAGCUGUAGAGCAGGCCAGGGCAGAGGGGAUGGAGCCUGACAGAUUCUACUGCAGCAGGCUGCUGGAGGAGGCAGGGGUGUGCUCGACUCCUGGCUGUGACGUGGGUCAGAGGGAAGGCACCUACCAUAUCAGGCUGUGUAACCUGGUUCCCUUGGACACCAUGGAGGACAUGCUGGACCGCCUGAAUUCUUUCCAUCCGAGAUUCAUGCAGGAAUUUUCUUAAUGACUCCGUCGUCCAGAGAAACAUUUCCAAACCAGUCAGACACAUUUGCCUUCAGACAAAGUCAGACAGCUUCAUGAGAAAGUUGGUCUGAAAACCUAAUCUCUCACCAUAGGUCUUUAACUGGUGUGAUAUGGGAAGCCUGCAUCGUAUUCUGUGAUUUAAUCAUUCAACAGUAAUUGCUUUCGCGAAAUCUGGUGGUUAGCAUUACUAAAUAUGGGCAUCAUGAGAGUGUGUGGUUUGGUACAAUUGUAAAAACCAUAUUUAUGUCUGAUGCCAUUAAAACUACAUUUUUUCCCCAAGAAGCAACGUUUUGAAGUCUGGUUUUGUACUAUUCUUUAUAGAACUAGCUGUGGUACUUUUUCAUAUAGUUUGAGAUGCUCAUCUUGAAAAGGUGCCCAACAAAGCAAAACUGGGUUGAAUGAUUGCAGGUUGAUUGAUCCACCCAGUGCAGGGGACCUCAACCCCAGUCCUCUGACUGCUUUACUGAGUGUCUUUAUAAUCUCCUUUUGGUUACACAUUCUAACAUGCUGUGUUUACCUGUUUUUAGGGACAUCUCCAUAGGAUUUGUGCCAGGAAAUAGUUAAAAUGUGUUAGUUGCAUCUGGAAACUUCUGAAAAGGUUUUUAUUUUCUAUUGUUUAUCUCACAAUCAUCAAUAUAUCUCAUUAGACAGACUUCUAAACUGGCACUGAAUAGUAUUUCCCAGGGCUGGGGGGGCAGAUCCCUUAAUGUCUUACAAGAUACCUUUUGGAAAUACUCCCAGAAAAGUUUUUCAGUUGUAAACUGGUGGAUCAAAAAUCUCUGCAUUGUUUAGAAUGAAAACGACAAAAAAGCAAUUCCUUUUUACAGAUAAUUUAAUUAAAAGCCUGGAGUGAAAGAUUGUCAAGAUUAACUACCAAGGCCUCUGAGACGUUAACUGCUAAAAGUCUUCAUUAAUUCAUUUGUGCAGACUAUUUUCUAAUUACCUUAACCUUUUGAACUGCAAGCUUCAGUUCUCAUUAUUCUGAACUACUGUAUAUGUUGGAUGUACCAAACUGGAAGGAGCACUCCCAAACUGGAUGGAUAGAGGUUGGGUACAAGGAAACAGGCCGAUUAAUAUCUUUAUAGAAAGACUUUAAAUCAUAUUUUAUGUUGCAUUAUGUUAGAGUAAUUUUUAAGGAGAUUAGUUAUUUUGAAAGGGGACUUGUUUAUCAGUAAUACUUAUACCAACUACAUUAGUGUAAUGCUAGUGUGAUGAGGAAACAAUGUGAGAGGAAUGUACACAUCUGAAUCUCUUACGCCUGUUUAGGAAGAAGAUUUAGCUAUGGGUUUCCAGGUCAUGCUAGGGGUGAAUGCUCACAGGGAUGACUUUACAAUUAAUGCAUUUCAUGGACUAAAUGACCUCGCUAAAUAAUUAUCCCAGAGAUCCUAUGUAAUUAAUGAAAAUAAAUAUAGAAAAAACUAUC